AUGCCAUCUCACCCCAGCAAUGAGGAAUUAUGUGAUAGAGAAAUUGCGGCGAAGUUAUUGCUGCCGAAUGUUACACCAAUUCUACUGAUUUACAGAAAACAGUAUUUAAGAAGGAUGAGCCAAGAUGACAGCAAUCCUUUAGUGGACACAAUAGAAAAGACCAAUGUGAAGGAUGUUGUUUAUUGGGCCGCUCAGGCAUGGCAGAAUAUAUUAGAAAAUACUCUGAGAAAAUCAUGGAGAAAACUGUGGACAUCUCUUGAAUUUCAGGACAACCUAGUUGCAAACGAAGAGGAAAAUCUACUACAAAUGAUACAGACAAUAUCUGGAUGUGAAGGAGCUAGUGAAGGAGACAUAGAUGAGUGGAAGGCAGCGGAUGGGGCAUGCUUGGAGAACCUUACUGAUGCUGAUUUAGUUGCUGCUGUGACUCAAGACAAGGAAGAAGUGGAUUGCUGUGAUGGAAGUGACAAUGAGUAUGAAAGUGACAAAGGAGAGAUGAUACUACACAGUGACGCAGCAGAAGCCCUUGACCUCAUGCUACGUUAUUUGGAGCAACAGCCCACUGUUUAUGAGACGAUGGUGUAA